AUGUCGCUUUGGGCCACGUUAAAUCGUAAUGUUUUUAAGAAAACGUCUACUUUUGCUGUAGCAGUUACGGGCGGAGCCUUUUUCUUCGAAAGAGCUUUCGAAGUAAUAUCGGUAUCAAUCUUCGAAAGCGUAAACAAGGGCAAACUAUGGAAGGACAUCAAACACAAGUAUGAAUAAAAUAUAUACAAAAUGUGUUAUAUCAAUUUAAUUUAUUAGUAAUUAUAAUGUUAAUUUGAUUAAAUCUCCUUAACAUUUACAA